AUGCCGGAGGCGCGGCACUCGCCGCGUUGCUCACGACUGAGCACGAGCGACGCCUCAGGUUUUCUCCAGUCGCCGGCCGCCCCGACCGCGGGCGUCGUGGGCUCCGAGCGGCAGCUGGCUGUCGGCGCGGGCGGCCUGCAGUGUUUGCAGAGUUCGAGGCGUCACAAAGUGGAUUCUGUAUUUAAGGGCAAGCGCUCCAUGUUCCCGAGCAGCGGCCCUAUGCAGGACUUUGGCGUCUCUCUGUUUGACAAGCAGAAGCGACGCACCGCGCUGUGGCUCGAAACCGAGCGCCAGCGAAUCGCGAAACUUCCAGCGCCCUUGCGGCCUCUGGAAAUUCAGAGAGCUUUAGUUCUGUAUAAAGAGAAACUUAAAGAACUCUACGGCGAGGACUAUGUACGAAGGGAGUGGUCAACGCUGUCCAAGCUCACGCGUGCGAAACUGUUGGAAGCAGAGUAA